GGAGGCACCUCGUGAUCGGUCACAUGACGACUGAGCUGCAGAGAGGAGGAAUGAGUCUCGGAGCGUGUUUUCUAGGGCUCCUCGCCCUCGUGGUCGCCAGCAAAUGCAGUUACAGCCCGGAGCCUGACCAGAGGUGGAUGAUCCCCCCAGGCUGGGUGCAUUUGGGUCGUGCAGCUCCGGAGGAAGAGCUGAGUCUCACCUUUGCCUUGAGACAACAGAACCUGGAAAGACUCACCCAGCUGGUGCAGGCAGUCUCGGACCCUGGAUCCCCUCAAUACGGAAAAUACCUGACCCUGGAGGAUGUGACUGAGCUAGUGCGGCCAUCGCCGUUGACCCUCCGCACGGUCCAAAAAUGGCUCUUGGCAGCUGGAGCUCGAAAUUGCCAUUCAGUGACCACGCAGGACUUUCUGACUUGCCGGCUGAGUGUUCGAGAGGCAGAGUGGCUGCUUUCUGGGGCUGAAUUUCACCACUAUGUGGGAGGCCCUGCAGAGACUCACGCUGUAAGAUCCGCUCGUCCCUACCAGCUCCCGAAGGCCUUGAGGCCCCAUGUGGACUUUGUGGGAGGUUUGCAUCGCUUCCCCCCCAUAUCAUCGCUGAAGCAACGCCCUGAGCCACAGGUGGCAGGGACUUUUGGUUUCCAUCUGGGUGUCACUCCGUCUGUGAUUCGAGAGCGAUACAACUUGACAGCACAAGACGUGGGCUCUGGCACAACCAACAACAGUCAGGCCUGUGCCCAGUUCCUGGAACAGUAUUUCCAUGAAUCGGACCUGGCUGAGUUCAUGCGCCUCUUCGGUGGGAAAUUUGAACACCAGGCCUCUGUAGCCCGUGUGGUCGGGAAACAGGGCCGGGGCCGUGCUGGGAUCGAGGCCAGUCUGGAUGUGGAGUACCUGAUGAGUGCCGGGGCUAACAUCUCUACCUGGGUCUACAGUAGCCCUGGCCGCCAUGAGUCACAGGAGCCCUUCCUGCAAUGGCUCCUGCUGCUCAGCAAUGAGACCAUCCUGCCACAUGUGCACACCAUUAGUUAUGGCGACGAUGAGGACUCCCUCAGCAGCGCCUACAUCCAGCGCGUCAACACCGAGUUCCAGAAGGCUGCUGCUCGGGGCCUUACCCUGCUCUUUGCCUCAGGUGACAGCGGAGCUGGGUGUUGGUCUGUCUCUGGAAGACACCAGUUCCGUCCAUCCUUUCCUGCUUCCAGCCCCUAUGUCACCACAGUGGGAGGCACAUCCUUCCAGAAUCCUUUUCGAGUCACAAAUGAGGUGGUUGACUAUAUCAGCGGUGGUGGCUUCAGCAAUGUGUUCCCACGUCCUUCAUAUCAGGAGGAAGCUGUAAAUAAGUUCCUGAGUACCAGCCUCCAGUUGCCACCAUCUAGUUACUUCAAUGCCAGCGGCCGUGCUUACCCAGAUGUGGCAGCGCUCUCUGAUGGCUACUGGGUGGUCAGCAACGGUGUGCCCAUUCCAUGGGUAUCUGGCACCUCGGCCUCUACGCCAGUGUUUGGCGGACUGCUGUCCCUGAUAAAUGAACACCGACUCCUCAGUGGCCGCCGCCCUCUUGGCUUUCUCAACCCCAGGCUAUACCAGCAGCAUGGAGAAGGACUGUUUGAUGUAACGCAUGGGUGCCAUGAAUCCUGUCUGAAUGAAGAGGUGCAGGGUGAAGGUUUCUGCUCUGGUCCUGGGUGGGAUCCUGUGACAGGCUGGGGAACACCCAACUUCCCAGCUCUGCUGAAGUCACUGGUCAACCCUUGAUCCUGUCCUGAUGGGAGAAUGAGCCUGUUCCUGUCCCACAACUGGUGACUUUAAUCUGCACUGAUAGAAGCCCUACAGAUCCUCAAUGUCCACUGCUGCCGAUAGCUUCUACCCCUGACCCGGAAAUGCUGUGAAGUUGGCAUGACUCCCAAUCCUUUGCUCCACCACAUACUCUCUUCUCCCUACAUCUGUCUCAUCUUCCUCAGCAGCUGCUAUAACCAGUAUUGUUUGAGGACCCCCUUCCUCCCUGCCCUCUCCCUCAUUUAUUCUCUUUUCAACCAGGCUUUCCCAAUGGGUUGUCUAUAAUGUCUGUGUGUACUGUUUCACCUCAUUUCUGCUCCUUAAUGCAUUGCAUUGAUACCUCUGUUUUCACUUGCCCCAUCUCUCUGUUCUCUGUCACCAGGACACAUUUCCAAUCAUUGCUUUAUGGGCUCUGUCAGUUUCCUACAGCUCUCUCCUUCCUUACUUUCUAAGGCUUAUCUUCCCCUUUAAAUUCUCCUCAUCCCUACCCUCCUUAAAUUCCCCUCUUCUCUUCUCUCUCUGCUUCGUCAAUGAAUCUUGGUAUUCUAUCCUUAGUCACUUUCUCCUCCUCAUUCUACGCCUCUCCCUCCAAUCAACUAAUUGCUGGCAUCCACCAGCCAUCACCACCUCACUAAUUCAGGCUAAUAGUGAUUAAUAAUUGAAAUGCAAGAUGUGUGAUGCUCAGCACUUCUCUCUCAUUUCCUUUUUUUAUGGUGGGGGAGACAGUGCCAAGAAGAAAAUCCAGGGCCUUACACAUGCAAGGCAAAUGCUCUACCACUGACUUUUUACGUCUUCAUCCUCAGCACUUCUCCUAACUUCAAAGGAUUAUUUUUCUCUUCUUCUUGGUGAAUGAUAGUGCUGCUUCUAAUCAAGCCAGAUACCCACCCCCAACCCCUGUUGUUAAUCAGCAAGUCCUACUAGUUUUACUUUUUACUUGUCUUCACCCACAAGUCCUACAUAGACCUAGAGCUUACCUACUUUUCUCCAUCUCUAAUGCUACCUUUUCUCUCCUAUUGAAGGCCUUUGCAAAAAGUCUUCUAACUUCCUAUCCUUCCCUAGUCUUUCGUAAUAAAAUGCAAAUGCUAGUCGGUAAUUUGUUUAUGACCCUCCAAAGCUAAGAUUAUUGAUAAAAUUCUGGAUUUUUAUCAUGACUCAUAGCCUGAUCCCUUCCUUGCUAUUUGUUCUGAAGUAACCGCCUACUCUCUGCUUCCUCUCAACCUACAUUUCAUUUUGCUCAAUAGGCGCCCCCUUAACACAGGUGUUGACCCCAGUGCCUGAUUACUAGUGUUCAGGUGUGUAGUAGACCACAGCUCCUUUUGUGAAUCUCUUAGUUUCCUGAAAAUACUAGAACUCGGAAGCAAAUCUAUUUGAUUUUUGGUUUUGCUAGACUAAGAAAGAGUCUGGGCAAGUAAGCUUCUUGAACUUCAUCUUUUACUUUGCCUCACAGCAGUCAAGGAAUGAUAAAAUUAAAUUGACAAGAGUGCUUGACAACCCAAGUAGAUGAAAGAUAUUAGUUUCUGUCUUUGCACUGACACUGUCUUCCCUUGCACUGAUGUCUACCUCUAGUUGUGUUAACGUGGUAUUAAAAUAGCCAGUUUACCUGUUUACCUCCCUUUCCAAGACCAUUGGUGCCUAGAGGACUGGAUUCUGCCCUACUAAACUUUGUAUUUCCAGGCCCUAACCUAGAUUGGCAAAAAAGGAAUUAAAUGUUUGCUGUAGUGAAUAUCCC